CGAGGCGGCAGGCCCUGGGGCUGCGGCUCCAGCGGCCGCGGCUCGAUCUCCCUCGACAUGGCCAGCUCCGGAGAGGAUAUUUUUCUACUUACUAUCAGAUAGAGUGGGAGGGAGGGGGAGAGAGAGACAGAAACUUCCGAUGUGAUAGAGCCGCAUAGACUGCCUCCACCAUGAACUGACCAGGGCCCGAACCGACCAGGGCCCGAACCGACUAGGGCCCGAACCGACUAGGGCCCGGAUGAACUGCAACCAAGGACCUGUCCAAUGAUGGUGACGUGCCCCCUGCAGCUGCCGCGAUGGCGGGCAGUGCCCACCUGCUGGGCUUCUCCGACGAGAUCCUCCUGCACAUCUUGAGCCACGUGCCUAGCACGGACUUGGUUGUGAACGUCCGGCGCACCUGCCGCAAGCUCGCAGAGCUGUGCCUGGACAAGAGCCUCACCCACACCGUGCUGCUGCAGAAGAACUACGAGGCGAGCGAGGACAAGGUGAAGCAGCUUGUGAAGGAGAUCGGCCGGGAGAUCCAGCAGCUCAACAUGGCUGGCUGCUACUGGCUGUCAGGCUCCACCAUCGAGCGUGUGGCCCACUGCCGCAGCCUGGUGAAGGUGAACCUGUCGGGCUGCCACCUGACCUCUGUGCGCCUCUCCAAGGUGCUGUCGCCCUUGCAGCACCUGCGCUCCCUGGCCAUCGAUGUGAGCCCUGGCUUCGAUGCCAGCCAGCUGAGCAGCGAGUGCAAGGCCACGCUGAGCCGCGUGCGGGAGCUCAAGCAGACGCUGUUCACGCCCUCCUACGGUGUGGUGCCCUGCUGCACCAGCCUUGAGAAGCUGCUGCUGUACUUCGAGAUCCUGGACCGCACGCGCGAGGGUGCCAUCCUCUCAGGGCAGCUCAUGGUGGGCCAGAGCAGCGUGCCCCACUACCAGAGCCUGCGGGUCUUCUACGCCCGCCUGGCGCCCGGCCACAUCAACCAGGAGGUGGUGCGGCUCUACCUGGCCGUGCUCAGUGACCGCACGCCCGAGAACCUGCACGCCUUCCUCAUCUCUGUGCCCGGCAGCUUCGCCGAGAGCGGGGCCACCAAGAACCUCCUGGACUCCAUGGCCCGCAACGUCGUGCUGGAUGCCCUGCAGCUGCCCAAGUCCUGGCUCAAUGGCUCGUCCCUGCUCCAGCACAUGAAGUUCAACAACCCCUUUUACUUCAGCUUCAGCCGGUGCACCCUGUCUGGCAGCCACCUGAUCCAGUGCGUCAUCAAUGGUGGCAAGGAACUCCACAGCCUGGCGAGCCUGAACCUCAGCGGCUGCGUCCACUGCCUGUCCCCAGACUCCUUGCUGCGCAAGGCGGAGCACGACAUCGACAGCAGCAUCCUGGAGACGCUGGUAGUGGCCUGCUGCAACCUGCAGCACCUCAACCUCUCAGCUGCCCACCACCACAGCUCCGAGGGCCCGGGCAGGCACCUGUGCCAGCUGCUGGCCCGGCUGCGCCACCUGCGCUCCCUUGCCCUGCCUGUCUGCUCUGUGGCCGACUCGGCGCCACGGGCUGACCGCAAGCCCGCCCAGCCCACUAUGCACGCUGUGCCCUGCGGGUUUGGCAAGAAGGUCCGCAUUGGUGUGCAGUCGUGUCCCAGCCCCUUCUCGGGGCAGGCGGGCCCCCAGCCUUCCUCCGUGUUCUGGUCUCUGCUGAGGAACCUGCCUUAUCUGGAACGCCUUGAGCUGAUUGGGUCCAACUUCUCCUCGGCCAUGCCACGCAACGAGCCUGCCAUCCGCAACCCCCUCCCACCCUGCAUCCGGGCACAGAAUGUCGGGGACUUGGAGGUGGCCGCCAUCGGCCAGCUGGCCUUCCUGAGGCACCUGACGCUGGCCCAGCUGCCCAGCAUUCUGACAGGCUCCGGGCUGGUCAGCAUCGGCCUGCAGUGUCAGCAGCUCCAGUCCCUCUCGCUGGCCAACCUGGGCACGAUGGGGAAGAUGGCCUACAUGUCCGCCCUCUCAGACAUGCUGAAGCACUGCAAGCAGCUGAAGGAUCUCAGGCUGGAGCAGCCCUACUUCAGCGCCAACGCCCAGUUCUUCCAGGCCCUGAGCCAGUGCUCCGCGCUGCAGCGCCUGUGCCUGGUCUCCCGCAGCGGCACCCUGCAGCCCGAGGCUGUGCUGGCCUUCAUGGCCCGCUGCCUGCAAGUCGUCGUGUGCCACAUGUUCACUGGGGAGUCCCUCGCCACCUGCAAGAGCCUACAGCAGACUCUCCUCCGCAGUUUCCAGGCUGAGCGGCCCGCGCUGAACGUCGUCAUCUUCCCCCUGCUCCGUAAGGGCCUGACUGAUGUCAUCCGGGACGUCCCCAUGGUGCACCUGGACGAGAUCACCUUAUUUAAAAGCAGAGUGGCCGAGGAGCCACCGAACCUGUGGUGGUGACGGAUGGCUAGCGCCAGGCAAGCCCCUUCCGUGGCCGCCUCCCCGCCUGCUGCUCUUGUUUCGUGGCCGAGGAAGCAGGACUGCUCGGACGGCGUGUGGCCUCGGGCCCUGCCUGGGCCGCCAUCCAUGCUCACCGCCUGUCUGCAAACCCCCGGGUUGCCUGCCAGACACCAGGACCCCUGGGUGGUCACGAGAGGAAGGGAGGCCUCUCCCUGGCCGUCCUGCACCCCGGCCCCCGGGGACUUCCGAUGCUUCCUCUUGCUUUCUCCCGUGAGGACUGGUCGCCUGUUGGACGUUGGGUCGUGAUGGUGUGAGGAGGAUGAACAGAAGGGCUGGCGGUCAGCGCCUCAGGCUGGCCCUGGGCACUUUUUCACAGGCACGGACUGUGGUGCCUGACUCCGUGGGGCUCUGACCAGGUCCCCAGAGCACCGGGUGGCCCCAGUGUGGCCCCUCACUUCAGCCCCUGGGAGUGUCCCUCUGCUCAUGUGUUCCUGGUCACCUGCCACCAGGCUACAUGGAGGGGUGGCCUGAGGCCCAGGGCUGGGGGUGACCACGCGCACCCUGGGAGGAGAGCCUUCCUGCAGGUCCGCUGGAGCUGGACGGUGAGGCGCUCGGGCUGUGUGGCUGCAGGGGCUCUGUGGUAAGACACGUUCACCAGCCACGUCCCGGUGCGUUUCCAGCCCGAUGACGCCGGGCAGGUGCAGGGCUGGUGCUGGCGGCCCGGAGGAAGGCUCCCAGGCGGCUGGCACUCAGCGUUGGAGACUGCAGCUCCCCGGGGAGGUCUGUGUUUCUGGGGAAACAGAUGUAUGUGGUUUCAUUAGAAAAACUUGAGAGGACGUUCAAGGCCGGAGUAGUGAUCAGAUCACCCCGUUUCAGACAGCUUUACGUAGCACUUUAAUAAGCCCAGCGCAGCUAUUCCAAAGACGAGGGCUGACCUCCGAGUGUGCAGGGUCUGCCCUGUGCCCAGCUGCCACCUCUGCCUUCUCAACCAUGAGACCCUCCAGCACUGGGCAUUGUCAGGUGGCUCCCUGCGUUGGGCUUGACUCCCCCACCUCCCUCUCCCUCUGGGCUGGGGGUGCAGAGCCCACAAGGCCCUGCUCACAUUCCUGCUGCCCAUCCUGGCCCUCAGCUCGGCUGUCUUCCCACUGCUUCCUCCGUGACAGUCACCCCCAUUCCGUGUAGCGCAUCCUGCUGUUCACCUGCUGUUGAAGGACUAGGGACCUGGCCCCGUGCGUCUUUGGAUGCCCUUCCCUGGGACAGAAGGGCAAGCAGCUCAGCAGCCCCAGCCUGCCAGGCAAGGGGUCCAAAGACUCUGGUGGCAGCUGCGGGAGGCAAGUAGUCCUGGCCCCGGGCACACAGACCUCGGUGCUCUGCUGCUCCCUGAGCUCAGCCUGUCUGGUCCCUGGCCGCCCGGCGGCCCCGGGUCUGCUCUGCCUGUCCUGACCGAGUGGGCACUCUGCUUCCUUCCCCCUGCUUUUCCUGCACAGGGCAGUUGUUUCCUCCGGAGCACAGGGCCUGUCCUGGGUUGCAGCUGGGGGCCCCCUGCUCCAGGGAGUGCCCUACAACAGCACCCCCACCAGACCUGCAGCCUUCACCUUCGAGACCUGGCCCAGCCUGAGAGCUGCAGCCGGGUCCUGUCUUCCUGGUCUCGGAGGCCACCGGACAGGCAGGGCUGUGGACCCAGGUGGGACCACAUGCUACAGAUGGAGGUCUGAGAGGUGGUGGGAGCACCCACUCCCCAAUUUCUGGGCAUUUCUUUUAGGUGGCACCUAGAGACCACUAGGCAAGAUGAUCAGGAGGAAUAGGACGCAGCCCAGGAGGAAGGCAGGUGGCCUGGCUGUCUCUGGGACCCCCGAGGGCCAGGCCCUGCCCCGGCCCCAGGUGGCUCUGGGUGUCCUUUCAUCCAGAGCCCCUGGGUCCAGGCACGAGAGUGACCUUCCCACCAGGAGUUGAUCCAGAGGCUGCGGUUGUGUUGUCGAGGUCUUGCCAGGCGGGCUGUUCUCCUGAGCGAGCACUUCUACCAGCAGCGUCGCUCACCCCGAGGGUUGCUGGGAGGGGCGGCUCCCUGGAGGCUGGGCGCGAGCUGCUCGGGAAGCGGGAGAUCUGUGUUCUCAGUGUCCCCUGCAACCAUCCUUUUACUUCAAGCCAGACUUGCCGCCACUCCCACGCCAAGACAUUCGCCAGAUGUUAGUAAUGUGCUGCUUUUUGCUAAGUGCUGUUUGGCACCAGUGUUGAUUGCAAUUUAUUUCUUUUAUUUUUUAUUUUUUUUAAU